AAAAAGCCGAUGUCACAUCGGCCGUUCGAAACUCCUCCUCUCGCAGUGAGGUGAAGACAUUUGAAAAUCACCCCACUGCAAACUCCUCCCCCUGCUAGAAACCUCACAUUGAAAUGCUGUAAAUGACGUGGGCCUCCGAGUGCAAUCGCGGGAAGCCAGGGUUUCCAGUGAGGACACAGCGGGUCGUGAUCCGGGUCGGGACACUGCCUGGCAGAGGCUGCGAGCAUGGGGUCCUGGGGCUGGAAACUGCGCUGGACCGUCGCCUUGUUCCUCGCUGCGGCGGGGGCUGCAGUGGGCGACAGAUGUGAAAGAAACGAGUUCCAGUGCCAAGACGGGAAAUGCAUCUCCUACAAGUGGGUCUGCGAUGGCAGCGCUGAGUGCCAGGAUGGCUCUGAUGAGUCCCAGGAGACGUGCUUGUCUGUCACCUGCAAAUCCGGGGACUUCAGCUGUGGGGGCCGUGUCAACCGCUGCAUUCCUCAGUUCUGGAGGUGCGAUGGUCAAGUGGACUGCGAGAAUGGCUCAGACGAGCAAGGCUGUCCCCCCAGGACGUGCUCCCAGGACGAGUUUCGCUGCCACGAUGGGAAGUGCAUCUAUCGGCAGUUCGUCUGUGACUCAGACCAGGACUGCUUGGACGGCUCGGACGAGGCCUCCUGCCCGGUGCUCACCUGCGGCCCCGCCAGCUUCCAGUGCAACAGCUCCACCUGCAUCCCCCAGCUGUGGGCCUGCGACAAUGACCCCGACUGCGAAGAUGGCUCGGAUGAGUGGCCGCAGCGCUGUGGGGGUCUUGACGUGUUCCAAGGGGACAGUGGCCCCUGCUCGGCCUUCGAGUUCCACUGUCGAAGUGGCGAGUGCAUCCACUCCAGCUGGCGCUGUGACGGUGGCCCCGACUGCAAGGACAAAUCUGACGAGGAGAACUGCGCUGUGGCUACCUGUCGCCCUGACGAAUUCCAGUGCUCUGAUGGAACCUGCAUCCAUGGCAGCCGGCAGUGUGACCGAGAAUAUGACUGCAAGGACAUGAGCGAUGAAGUUGGCUGCAUUAACAUGACACUCUGCGAAGGACCCAACAAGUUCAAGUGUCACAGCGGCGAAUGCAUCACCCUGGACAAAGUCUGCAACAUGGCUAGAGACUGCCAGGACUGGUCAGAUGAACCCAUCAAGGAGUGCGGGACCAACGAAUGCUUGGACAACAACGGCGGCUGUUCCCACGUCUGCAAUGACCUUAAGAUCGGCUACGAGUGCCUGUGCCCCGACGGCUUCCAGCUGGUGGCCCAGCGAAGAUGCGAAGAUAUCGAUGAGUGUCAGGAUCCCGACACCUGCAGCCAGCUCUGCGUGAACCUGGAGGGUGGCUACAAGUGCCAGUGUGAGGAAGGCUUCCAGCUGGACCCCCACACCAAGGCCUGCAAGGCUGUAGGCUCCAUCGCCUACCUCAUCUUCACCAACCGGCACGAGGUCAGGAAGAUGACGCUGGACCGGAGCGAGUACACCAGCCUCAUCCCCAACCUGAGGAACGUGGUCGCUCUGGACACGGAGGUGGCCAGCAAUAGAAUCUACUGGUCUGACCUGUCCCAGAGAAUGAUCUACAGCACCCAGCUUGACAGAGCCCACGGCGUCUCUUCCUACGACACCGUCAUCAGCAGGGACCUCCAGGCCCCCGAUGGGCUGGCUGUGGACUGGAUCCACAGCAACAUCUACUGGACCGACUCUGUCCUGGGCGCUGUCUCUGUUGCGGAUACCAAGGGUGUGAAGAGGAAAACGUUAUUCAGGGAGAACGGCUCCAAGCCAAGGGCCAUCGUGGUGGAUCCUGUUCAUGGCUUCAUGUACUGGACUGACUGGGGAACUCCCGCCAAGAUCAGGAAAGGGGGCCUGAACGGUGUGGACAUCUACUCGCUGGUGACUGAAAACAUUCAGUGGCCCAAUGGCAUCACCCUAGAUCUCCCCAGUGGCCGCCUCUACUGGGUUGAUUCCAAACUUCACUCCAUCUCAAGCAUUGAUGUCAACGGGGGCAACCGGAAGACCGUCUUGGAGGAUGAGAAGAGGCUGGCCCACCCCUUCUCCUUGGCCAUCUUUGAGGACAAAGUAUUUUGGACAGAUAUCAUCAACGAAGCCAUUUUCAGCGCCAACCGCCUCACGGGUUCCGAUGUCAAUCUGUUGGCCGAAAACCUACUGUCCCCAGAGGAUAUGGUCCUCUUCCACAACCUCACCCAGCCAAGAGGAGUGAACUGGUGUGAGAAGACCACCCUGAGCAAUGGCGGCUGCCAGUAUCUGUGCCUCCCUGCCCCGCAGAUCAACCCCCACUCGCCCAAGUUUACCUGCGCCUGCCCGGAUGGCAUGCUGCUGGCCAGGGACAUGAGGAGCUGCCUCACAGAGGCUGAGGCUGCAGUGGUCACCCAGGAGACAUCCACCGUCAGGCUAAAGGUCAGCUCCACAGCCGUAGGGACACAGCACACAACCACCCGGCCUGUUCCUGACACCUCCCGGCUGCCUGGGGCCACCCCUGGGCUCACCACGGCGGAGAUAGUGACGAUGUCUCACCAAGCUCUGGGCGGCGUUGCUGGCAGAGGAAAUGAGAAGAAGCCCAGUAGCGUGGGAGCUCUGUCCAUCGUCCUCCCCAUCGUGCUCCUCGUCUUCCUCUGCCUGGGGGCCUUCCUCCUGUGGAAGAACUGGCGGCUUAAGAACAUCAACAGCAUCAACUUUGACAACCCGGUCUAUCAGAAGACCACAGAGGAUGAGGUCCACAUUUGCCGCAACCAGGACGGCUACAGCUACCCCUCGAGACAGAUGGUCAGUCUGGAGGAUGACGUGGCAUGAACAUCUGCCUGGAGUCCCGUCCCUGCUCAGAACCCUUCCUGAGACCUCGCCGGCCUUGUUUUAUUCAGACAGAGAAGACCAAAGCAUUGCCUGCCAGAGCUUUGUUUUAUAUAUUUAUUCAUCUGGGAGGCAGAAGAGGCUUCGGACAGUGCCCAUGCAAUGGCUUGGGUUGGGAUUUUGGUUUCUUUCUUUCCUUGUGAAGGAGAAGAGAAACAGGCCCCGGGGGGCCAGGAUGACACCUCCAUUUCUCUCCAGGAAUUUUGAGUUUCUCCACCGUGACACAAUCCUCAAACAUGGAAGAUGAAAGGGCAGGGGAUGUCAGGCCCAGAGAAGCAAGUGGCUUUCAACACAACAGCAGAUGCCACCAAUGGGACCCCUUGGCCCUGCCUCAUCCACCAAUCUCUAAGCCGAACCCCUAAACUCAGGAGUCAACGUGUUUACCUCUUCUAUUCAAGCCUUGCUAGACAGCCAAGUUAGCCUUUGCCCUGUCACCCCCGAAUCAUGACCCACCCAGUGUCUUUCAGGCUGGGUUUGUACCUUCCUUAAGCCAGGAAAGGGAUUCAUGGCGUCGGAACUGACCUGGCUGAAUCCAUGGUGGCACCGAGACCAAACUCAUUCACCAAAUGAUGCCACUUCCCAGAGGGAGAGCCUGAGGCACCGGUCACCCUUAAUAUUUAUUAAGUGCCUGAGACACCCGGUUACCUUGGCCUUGAGGACACGUGGCCUGCACCCAGGUGUGGCUGUCAGGACGCCAGCCUGGUGCCCGUCCUCCCCACUCCUACCCACUUCCAUUCCCAUGGUCUCCUUGCACUUUCUCAGUUUAGAGUUGUGUACACUGUGUAAAUUUGGUAUUUGUGUUACUA